AUGGUUCCUCCACUGCCCAUGACUCCUCCGGAUCCUGAUGUCGACCUGAUCGCGAAUAAUGGUAUGGCUGUGCCUUCGUUGGACACGGUGGUCCACGUUAUCUCCACUGAACGCGCGGCCCUGGCUAAUCUGGAGCGCUUAUAUGCGACGGACAAGUUCUCAAGGGAGAAUAUGGAACGCGCUGUCGAGCAGAUAGCACGAACAAUCAAUGGAGGAGGGAAGCUCAUUGUGUGUGGCGUGGGUAAAAGCGGGAAGAUUGGAGAAAAAUUAGUUGCGACCAUGAAUAGUCUGGGUAUCCAUAGCUGUUUCUUGCACCCGACUGAGGCGCUGCAUGGAGACCUAGGCAUGAUAAAGCAGAAUGACACUCUCCUUUUCAUCACAUAUUCUGGUAAAACUUCGGAGCUAUUGAUGCUGCUUCCGCACAUUCCGCCCACUCUGCCGUUGAUAGUGAUUACGUCACAUAUGCAGCUGUCCUCGUGUGCCUUGGUGUCCGAGCCUGAUAUUCGAAAUAUUAUGGUUCUCCCCGCUCCCGUGCAUGAACGGGAAGAGGUGUCGUUUGGGUUACCGGCCCCAACAACCUCCACAACUACGGCGUUGGCAGUUGGAGACGCACUGGCCCUUGCGACCGCCCGCAGGUUGCACAUUGUACCAGGAAGAGGCCCUGCAGAGGUGUUUAAAAGUUUUCAUCCCGGAGGCGCGAUUGGAGCUGCAUUUGCCACAUCAUCUUCAGUUUCCUCUUCGUCUUUGUCAUCUGCUUCAACCACACCUUUGUCUAGCAUUAUUACGUCUCCUUCGUCGUGCCCAUUGAACGGCAUCCCUGACCUAGCGGAUGUUAUGACGCCGCCCCUUCGGGCAAUGCAUCCAAAGUUGAUAUCCGAGCUUGCAACGCCUCUUUCCGCUAUACCCGUCCUUUCACAUGAUAAAAAUCUGGCGUCUACAAGUCGGAUUGCAGAUGCCUUAGCUGCCGCAGUGCGCUCCCCUGCAGGUAGCUUCUGGGUUCUAUUGACCCCAGAAUACGUCAUCUCACCUACUCGCCUCCGUGGGCUUGCACACACUCACGACCCAGGCACAAAGCUAUGUGAUCUUGAUGGGGAUAGUCAUGUUGUUUCAAAACCCAACUGGAUCCAAGUUUCAAGAUUAUCAACGAUCGCCGCCACACGCCAAAUUCUCAGUGGCGGGGACACCCCAAGUAGCGAAGCCAAGAAUGAGGGCAAGAAUGCCACCGUCACUUACAACCGUGUGAUUAUGGUCACGGACGACAAAUCUGGAGAUGCGGUUGCUUUUGUGGAAGAAAAGGAGGUCUGGCAGGAUCAUAUAUGA